AGCCGCGUCCCGGCCGGCGCCCGCCCCCUCCGCCUUGUCAUUGAUGUUGUUGUUUUUGUCGCAGGAGCCGGAGGCGAGGCCGGGGCCGCCGCCGCCUGGGGCCGCCGCCGCAGCAGCAGCGGGGCUCGGCCCGGCGCCAGGCAUGUCGGUGUGCGGGGAGGCGGUAGGCGCCGGCUCCCUGCCCAGCGAGCUGGUGGUGCACAUCUUCUCCUUCCUGGCGGGCCCCGACCGGCUGCGGGCCUCGGCCGCCUGCUCGCACUGGCGGGAGUGCCUCUUCUACCCGGCCCUCUGGCCGCGCCUCCGCCUCAGCCUCCGCGUCUCGCCGGCCGAGCGCCCGCGCCUCGAGUUCCUCAUGCGCAAGUGCGGCUGGUUCGUCCGUGAGCUCCGCGUACAGUUCGCCGCCGACAACUACCCCAGCGGCGGGGGGGGGGCGGCGGCGGCGGCGGUGGCGGCGGGCGAGGGCGCCGCGGCGGCGGGCGACGGGGAGGCGCCUCCGCUCUGCCCGCGCUGGCUCGACCUGCUGAGGACCUACCUGGAGCUGGUGCUGUGCGUCCUGAGCAGCGUCCGCAACAACAGGAACCUCCAGAAGUUAAGUCUCUUUGGGGAUAUAAGCAUUCUGCAGCAACAUGGAAGUAUAUCAAAUACAUACCUCGGCAAGGUUGACCCUGAUGGCAAGAAGAUUAAGCAAAUCCAGCAGCUGUUUGAAGAGAUAUUAGGCAAUAGCAGGCAAUUGAAAUGGCUGUCUUGUGGGUUUAUGCUGCAAAUAGUAACUCCCACAUCAUUGUCCUCCUUAUCAAACCCCAUAGCCAACACCAUGGAACAUCUGAGCUUGCUGGACAACCACAUCCCUGGUAAUACCACUCUGAUCACUGCGGUUGAAUUGGAGCGCUUUGUGAAUCUGCGUUCGCUCGCGUUGGAUUUCUGUGAUUUUACAGCUGAAAUGGCAAGAGUCCUGGCUGACAGCAACCAUGUGCCUUUGCAUCGACUGUCUCUCCUGGUCCACAGCGUUUCCAUAAUGCACAAGUCAUUGAACAGUAUGCCAGAAGAUGAGAAUUGGCAGGCGCUGACUCGCAACAGCACUAAUCUUCGGGUCUAUAUAAUGGCCUUUGAUGUCAAGAGUGAUGAUAUGUUAAGGAUUCUUAAGCCCAGUAUCCCCCUAGAGAGGAUUCACUUUGACAGCUACAUCACUUGUGUUUCAGGGGCCGUUGUUGACCUCAUAUCCAGGCAGUAUGACAAGUUCCUCACUCAUUUUAUACUAAUGAAUGAUGUGAUAGAUAUGUCUGGCUUCCCAGAUCUUAGCGACAACCGGAAUGAAGAUCCACUUGUCUUAUUGGCCUGGAGGUGCACAAGACUGUCUCUCCUCGCUGUUCAUGGUUACACAGUUUGGGCUCAUAACCUUAUAGCAAUUGCUCGUCUUCGUGGCUCUGACCUGAAAGUCCUGGAGGUCACAGAAGAAAGCAUUGAUUUCGACCAAGGAGAACUGGCAGACCAGGAUGUGGAUCCAGUACACAAUCUCAUUGAGCAAGUCUCUCUCGGAUUGGGUCGACCUUGGCACGCAGUCAUGGACAUCGAGCUGCUCAGUGUCUUCACCGAGCCAACCCGUCACUUUUACAGAGAGAUGCAAAGCUUCAGUGAAGGCAUUUAGCUCCUUAUUUACAAUUCCUGUGGUUACAUAUGCAAGUAGGGUCCUAUUAUGUUUUUUCAGUAGCGUGAAUUAACCCCUUUUGUGCUGUGUUUAAUCAGUAUUAGCUAUAUAGAAUUAUAUAUGUGUAUUCUACUUCUUGAUCAAAGAACGUAGUCGGGUAUUGGUUUAGAAGCUGAAAGUGGCAGUGUUUAGGGUUUUCACGGUUAAUGGACUUGUCUACCAAACCUUACAGAGGUACAGCCAAAGGCUGUCUGAGGUUGCCGGCUAACUUACUUUUGUUGAGUAACUGCGUUUUGAAUGAUUUUUAUUAUCCCAUCGGAGUUCCGUGCUCAGGAGCCAACUCUUUUUAAUACCCGUAUCCAUAGCCCAGUGGAUUUCUGUGCUGUCAUUGUGUGCUUAAUCUGGUAGCAUGCUACUUAAUAGGCUUAAAGGAAGAGAGGUCUGCCCAGGACUGUUCGUUGUAAGACUCUCACCUUGCUUUAUUUCACGUGCAGGUUCCGAAGCAUGACUAAACUCCCAUUCUCAGCUGUUGGUAGCUGUUAAGCGGCAGAGUGAAACACUAGCUUUUCAGGUACCUGCACUUCCAGAUCCACUCCAUAAGCUGUAGUCUUUCUGGAUUCUUUGCAAAUUCCUCCUUGUUUAUUCUCAUGUUCUGUCGCCUUCCUUAAAAGUUAGCUUUGGGCCAAAGUUUUAAGAGGGGGGGGG